CUUUCCCUUUGGGACCCAGGAUUUGGUUGAGUUUUCGGGUGUAAGUUUAGGCUCUAAGGAGGGGCCAAGGGACUUGGGGCCAGGUCUGAGCAAGGAGCAAGGGACCUGAGCAACAGGCACCACAUUCACCUCGGUGUGUGAAGACCGUUUGUCCAGGCUGGGGCAGGAAAAGCCCAGAGGCCCCUGCCAGAGCUGCCCCAGGGGCCAGACCUUCCUGCACCUUCCGAGAGUGGAACAUGGCCGCACUCCUGCUGCUGCUCAGCCUCAGCCUGGGCUGUGUGGGCGUAGGUGGCUUUGUGGCUCACGUGGAAAGCACCUGCCUGCUGGAUGAUGACGGGGUUCCGAAGGACUUCACCUACUGCGUCUCCUUCAACAAAGACCUGCUGGCCUGCUGGGAUCCGGAGGAAGGACACGUAGCCCCCUGCGAAUUCGGGACGCUGGCUAACUUGGCCAUGUUCAUUUCACAGUACCUCAACAAAGACGACAGCCUGAUCCAGCGCUUGCACAAUGGCCUCCAGGACUGUGGGACGCACACCCAGCCCUUCUGGGAUGCGCUGACCCACAGAACGCGACCGCCAUCUGUCCAAGUAGCCCCAGCCACUCCCUUUAACACGAGGGAGCCUGUGAUGCUGGCCUGCUACGUCUGGGGCUUCUAUCCGGCGGACGUGACCAUCGUCUGGAUGAAGAAUGGGCAGCUAGUCUCUCCUCACGGCGGCAGCAAGACGGCCCAGCCCAACGGAGACUGGACAUACCAGGCCGUCUCCUACCUAGCCCUCACCCCCUCCUAUGGGGAUGUCUACACCUGUGUGGUGCAGCAUGCCGGGACCCCCAAGCCCGUCCGUGAGGACUGGAUGGUCGGGCUGUCCCCCAUCCAGACGGUGAAGGUCUCUGUGUCUGCAGCCACCCUUGGCCUGGGCGUCAUCGUCUUCUGUCUUGGUUUGUUCAGCUGGCGGAAGUCUCGCUCCUCCAGCUACAUUCCUCUCCCAGGAUCCACGUACCCGGAAGGAUGGCACUAGAGGCAGAACUGCACGUUGAGAAGGAGAUUCUUGAGGAGGCCUCCGUACCCCCAACGUCUUCAGGACUCCCCGCCUUCUGGCGUCAUAGUUCCCUCUACUGCGUUCCCCUCCCCAUGUAAAUGUUAGCAGCUCUGGGUGGGUCGGGGGGUCUCCAUAGUCCAGUCAUGGUCGCAGGCUGUUUUCCCAAGGUGAACUGGUCUGAGGAGGGGGUUCAAGGCCCUGGUGAAGGCUGCACCUCGUCACAGCAGGCCAGUAUGUCAUCGGUGAUCACGCCUAAGAAAUAAACUGGAGGAAUUAC